AUGUCAGCUCCUAUGUCAAAAAAGAGAAAAUUUAUCAAUGAUGGUGUUUUUCAAGCAGAACUGAAUGAGUUUUUGGCUCGAAUUUUAGCGGAGGAUGGGUAUUCAGGGGUAGAAGUUAGGGUUACACCAAUAAGAACUGAAGUCAUAAUUAGAGCUACUCGUACAAGGGAAGUACUUGGAGACAAGGGAAGAAGAAUACGUGAAUUAACAUCCUUAGUUCAAAAAAGAUUUUUUAAUAAAUCAACAAAUAGUGUUGAAUUAUUUGCAGAGAGAGUAGAACAUAGAGGAUUAUGUGCAAUGGCACAAGCUGAAUCACUCAGAUAUAAACUUUUAAAAGGUUUAGCAGUAAGAAGAGCAUGCUAUGGUGUUUUAAGACAUAUAAUGGAAUCAGGAGCAAAAGGUUGCGAAGUUAUAGUUUCAGGAAAAUUGAGAGCACAAAGAGCUAAAAGUAUGAAAUUUCGUGAUGGCUAUUUAAUAUCUACUGGAGAACCUUCAAAAAGAUUUGUUAAUACUGCAACAAGAUCAGCCCAAUUAAAACAGGGUGUUUUGGGUAUAAAAGUGAAAAUUAUGUUACCAACGGCUAUCGAUACAAAAACAGGAUUACCAUCUAUUCUUCCAGACAACAUUUCUGUUUUAGAACCUAAAACAGAUACCAUAGACGUGUAA